CAGUUAGCGAUCGAGCGCGCCAGCGACCGGUUAUGUGUUAUUGUUAACUUACACGUUUAACUGCAUAAUUAAUUUGUGUCAUUGAAAUCUAAGCCGUAUUUGCGACCUGUUACGGUUGAGUCCAAAAUGUCUUCGUGUAAUAAGUGCGGUGAUAAUUUUGUUGGUGAGGGUGAUGUACCGUGCUCCUGUUGCGGAGGAUACUAUCACUAUAGGUGCUCCGGAAUGCUCGAAAACACUUAUAAGAGGAUGACUGCAGAGAAGAAAUCCAAUUGGAGGUGCAUCCCAUGCCGUCAGUCAGAUAACAAUGACUCGCUGUCUGAACUUGUGAAGGAGUUCAAAGGUUUUAAGGUGCAAAUGCAAAAUGUGCAAAGCGGGCUUGAUCAAGCAAAUCAGGGAAUUGCCAAUCUCGAGGGGAAGUUCGACUUGAUUGAAAAUCGAUUAGAGGAUUUCGAUGUGCGGCUUACCCUCACAGAGAGUAAAGUUGACCGCCUCCCAUCUAUUGAAGCCAAUCUGAAGCAGCUGGAGGCUGAGUUUGUUACUUUAAAGGCGAAUGAACGUGACAGAGACCAGUUUUGCCGGCUGAACAAUGUCGAAAUUAGUGGCGUUCCUCAAAAAGAUAACGAAAAUUUAAUGUCGAUUUUAAAUAAUAUAUGUUUGAAGGUUGGUUUUGGUCUGCUUGAAACUGAUGUCGACUCAAUACAUCGCGUUCGCCGUUUCCCUUUAUCCGUGGGUAGCGGCAACCGCGCGGACCCCAGGCCCCCGGCGAUCAUCGUGCGUUUCUGCCAGCGACGUCGCAAGGACGAGCUGGUGGCUGCCGCGCGCGCGCGCCGUGGCCUCACCAGCGCCGAUGCCGGUCUCCCGGGCCCGGCGGUUCCUGUCUACGUGAACGAACAUCUCACGGCUGUAAACAAGAUACUACUUAGGCAAGCCCGCGAUAGGAAAGCAGAGUUGAAUUACAGUUACCUAUGGGUUAAGCAGUGCAAAAUACACAUGCGAAAGAGUGAUAGCUCUAAAGUUUAUGUCGUAACUAGCGAAGCUGACCUAAAGAAAUUAAAAUGACUAUUAAAGUUUGAUAACUGGCAUAACAAUAACUUUCGUUAUAGAUUUUCAAUGUUAGUGUUGAUAUGUGUACUUAAAAGUAAUUACGUAAGUCGUGUUCGUGUACUAGACCAUUUGUUAGAUUGUAAACCCUAUGGGAAGGAUAAUAGUUCAGAAUUUCACAGGAUCUCAUUUCUAGUUUUAAUACCUGAAUUGACUCGUCUGAAUAAAAAUAAUAAAGUAAUAUUAUCGUAUAAUUGUAGUAAUUUAUUCUUCUAUAAUAGAUAAUAGCAUCUCAAUCUAUUAUCAGAACGUUAGGGGAUUGCGAACAAAGUCACAUUCUUUUUUAUCUAGCAUAAUUAACUCGAGCUAUGACCUCAUUUGCUUAUCUGAAACAUGGCUGAACCCUGACUUUUAUAGUAGUGAGUAUUUUGAUAGCAGGUAUGAGGUGUAUAGACGGGAUCGAGCGGGGCGAACCGCACAGCGCGGAGGAGGCGUGCUUGUGGCGGUGCGGCGCGGUCUCGGUGUGUCGCGCCGGGACGAGUGGUGCGCGGCGCAGCGGCACGAGGAGCUGUGGCUCACCGUGGAGCCGCGGGCCUGCGCCGGCGCCGCGCCCCACUCCCCGCGCGCCUCGCCCCGCCAGCCGGCCGACCGACCGCGGGCGCAUGGGCCGCUCUUGCAUAUUGCUUGUGUAUACUUUCCACAUAAUGACAGUCAUAUGAAUUCUCUGCGUUGCUUUUUUGAUAAUGCUGCUAGGAUAAUGAAUACCUACCCAGAUGAUAUUUUCGUUUUAGUAGGUGAUUUUAACGUAUCUUAUGCCUCAUGGUCCCCGUGUGAGGUUUCAA